CUUUAUAGACAUAUAAUUGGUAUAUAAUCAAUAUAAAUGUAUAAUCAUAAUGUUCAAUACUCUGAAACAUGUGUUCACUAACUUAUGGAUGGUAUAUAUUACACGGAUGUACAAACCUGGUAUCGUGAGUCAUCAUUUUGAAAGGAUAUGACAUUGAAACGAUGCUGACAUUCCGUGAAAGGUUCUAAUUGUGUUUGUGUUCCUUCUAUCGUUUCUCGUCACAUUGCAACAAGCACUUAGUUCAGGUUACAUAAAUUCUGUGAUCACAACCAUAGAGAAAAGGUUCGAAAUCCCGUCCAGCCUUUCAGGCGUCAUUGCUAGCUCCUAUGAAAUUGGAAAUGUCAUCACUGUCAUCUUUGUCAGCUAUCUUGGUAGCCGAAGACACAUACCUGUUUGGAUAGCUAUUGGCGCUGUUAUAAUGGGACUGGGAUCGAUGAUCUUUAUGGUGCCACACUUCACAGCCGAGCCCAAUUUAAUGACGACUGUGAAUAACUCUAACUCAGACAACAUUUGUCGUGCAAUUUCGUUACGCGAACAAGACAUGAGCUUUGGUCGCCUUUCAUCUGGAUUAUCAUCUCCACCUUUAGCGCCACACAACAAUUUAAGAGGUGAUAAUUGCAUUCAAGGAUCUCCAUCUACUGCUGGUCCUGUUAUGUUAUUUGUACUUGCUCAGUUAUUAUUAGGCUGUGGUGGUUCUCCUUUAUUUACUCUUGGUACUACGUAUAUAGAUGAUCAUGUACGACCAGAAAGUGCUUCUUUGUAUAUUGGUUGCAUGUAUAGUAUGGCAGCUUUUGGACCAGUUUUAGGUUUUCUUCUUGGAGCAUAUCUAUUAUCAUUUCAUAUGGAUUCAUUUUCUGGAACAAUUAUCAGUAUAGAUCCAGGUGAUCACAGAUGGGUAGGCAUGUGGUGGGGUGGGUUUUUACUCUGUGGCUUACUCCUAAUUUUAGUGGCAAUUCCUUUCUUCAGUUUUCCAAAAAUUUUACAACGGGAGAAAGAAAAAAUACGUAUUAUUGAAAAAAAUAAAUUAUCAUCGCAGAAAGAAAAAGAGCAAUGCAAAGAACAAAAAAAAGAAAGACUUGAUGAUAGUGGUUACGGAAAAGAUGUGAAAGAUAUUCCUAGGAGUAUGUGGAGACUAGUAUGUAAUCCAGUGUACGUAGUGACGUGUUUAGGAGCUUGCAUGGAAUUAGUGAUUGUUUCUGGAUUCGUGGUUUUCUUGCCAAAAUAUUUGGAGACACAGUUCAGCCUAGGAAAGAGUCAAGCUAGUGUAUUCACCGGCUCUAUAGCGAUACCAGGUGCCUGCAUUGGAAUCUUUUUUGGCGGAUGUUUGCUCAAACGUUUAGAAUUAAGACCGAAAGGUGCGGUUCAAUUCGUUCUUGUCUCGAACAUGAUAUGCCUGGUGUGCUAUGGUCUCCUUUUUUUCCUCGGUUGUGACAAUGUAAAAAUGGCUGGGACCACUAUACCAUAUUUUAACAGCAGUACAAAGGGCCCUGAACCCUUUCAAGUAAAUCUCACUGCCGCAUGUAACUUCGGUUGCGAAUGCCGAAUGACAGAUGUGGAACCAGUCUGUGGAAACAAUGGUCUCACAUAUUUUAGUCCUUGUCAUGCAGGUUGCACUGCCUUCAGUUCCAAAUCAAAUUUCACUAAUUGUGCUUGUAUACACGGAAAUUUAACAAUGUUACCUCCGGCAGCACCAGAAUUUGCAGAGGUGACGGUAGUACCAGUAGCUACUGCGGGUCCGUGCACUUCGCCAUGUAGGACUAUAUUUCCAUUUUUAAUUUUACUUUUUUUCAUGACAUUUAUUGUUGCCAUCACUCAAAUGCCUCUAUUAAUGAUAGUAUUACGGUCAGUUUCAGAAGAGGAAAGAUCAUUUGCUUUAGGCAUGCAAUUUGUAAUCUUUCGACUAUUCGGUUAUAUACCCGCUCCUAUUUUAUUUGGUAAUUUAAUUGACUCUACAUGCUUACUUUGGAAAAGCACUUGUGGAGAAAAAGGUGGAAGAUGUUUACUUUAUGACAUUGAACAAUUUAGAUACAGAUAUGUUGGACUUUGCGCUGGCAUUAAGAUUUUAGCUUUGGCAUUGUUCCUUAUUGACUGGUGGUUGGUUAGGAGGAGAAGACAAAUGGAAGACCAUGCACCAUCUCUCACUGUCAACGAAUUUGUAGGGUCAAUUAUCAGCCUUGAUAAAUUAUUCGAAGAAAAACCUCAUAAUCAUAACAUAGGAGAAGGAGAUGGCACUUCUCCAAAUUCUGAAUUGCCCACGCCAUCGUCAAUUUCGUCGCCCACAGAGCCUACGAAAUCGACGAACUUAGAAGAUACUGGCUCAUCGAAUCAGACUCAAGAUUCGACAGAGACAGGGCAUCGUUCGAAAAAUGCAAUGGACGUCGAUGUUCCCGAUACAAGGCAAGCGCCUCUUGCUAUGGAAGAACCGGAUACGGAAGUGAAACCGUUCACCGGUAAAUCAGAUAAGCAUAUACGGAACGUUUAAUGUUUAACUCAUACUAGAGGCUAUGUAAUUGAAUUAUAUCAAAAAAGUGAUAAUGUAAGUCUGUGGCAAAUUGUUUUGAAGUCACAGGUAAUUCAAUAUACAUAGAAAAAGAGAUAUAAUAUGUACAAUGUACGUGCAUUAUUGAUUUGUGCAAUCCUAAAAAAAAAAAAGUAAAUGGGGAGAAAUAUGAAUGGCUUUAAAAUAAAAGAAAGAAGGUAAUCUGUAUACAUAUAUAUAUAUAUAUGGUGCUAAUAUACUUUUUUAAAAAAAUCGAGAGACAAAGAAUUAUCUUAUAUCGUUCCGUAUAUCGUCGGGUAUAAAAUUUAAAUUGUGUUGAAGAUAUAAGUAAAUUUUACACAGAUACAUAACAUACAUUUGCACACAUUAUAUAUUCUUACAUACAGGCGAGUCAAAAAUAUUUUUACAAUGGUUAUAUUUGCGUGAAGAAUAUCGUUUAUGAUACGAAAUAAUUUGCCACAGGUUUGUCUCGAUUGUUUGGCUAUUUUUUAGGAACUAAUAUCACUAGAAUGUACAUUUUUACGGUGAUGCGAUAUAUAUGUCAAUAAUAGGAAUGUAAUAGGUGAAAAAAAAUAUUUAGACUCGUUUCAGACAGACAUCUUGUAACUUGAGUUCAAAGAUUUUCUUUGUCUGAAACGAGAUUUUUUUGCUGUUAGGAAACGAGCCUUGCGUGGUUAAAAAGAAAGGAAAAAAAAGGAAGAAAGGCCAAUAAGGACAAAACUGUAAAUAUAAAAAUUCCUGCCUUAAGAAAUACAAGACUAGACAAACAUAUAUUUAAAGAUAAUUAAAUGAUAGAGUUAAUGAUCUAUAAUGAAUAAUAUCAUUAUAAUUGCAGAUUGAGAGCUGCGAUUUAUUUUAUAACUAGUGAUUAGGCUUUCUCAGAAAUAAAAAAAAAGUAGUCAAUUUAACUUAGUGAUGUAAAGAAAAAUAACAAAUGGAUUAAGAAUCCAUAGCGUUGACUUGUUUAUAAAAUUAUUUUAAUAUUUUGCAAUAGUUUUAUUCCUUUCUUUUUCUUUUUUGCAAAAAAAAAAAUACUCUCUUAUGCAAAAAAAAAAAAAUCACGCUUUUAACGAGGCGGCACCUUGAUCUCUGAUGUUUUUUCUUCUAAAUAUUAUUAUAUCGAUAAUGCAAUUUUUAAGAGCUUUCAAAAACAAUCUUAGCAUUAAUUUAAAAAGAAAAAAAAAACAAAAUAAAAAAGAAGACGCAUUUGUGCGAUUUUUUUCGUUAUAACUUGUGCGUUACUUCUUAUCAUAUUCUAUAGAAUGAAUUAUAUAAAAUGAAUUAUGCUUCCAAGCAAUGAAAGAAAAACAAAAAACUUAUAAAUUUUCGGUUAAUGAAUAUUAAUGAGAUAAAAUGGUUGGUCAAUUGGGAUUAAUUAUAUAACACUGAAAUAUGUCUUGAACAAAUUCUGGCUUAUUAAAUACAGUUUGCUCACUUGUUGUUAGGGAGAAGUCUACUUGUUUUGUACCUGAAAGCAUCUCUUAUCCAAUUUCGAUAUAACAAAAGAAAAAAAAAAAAGAGAUAAGUGCAAAAAAACAAAAAGAAAGAAAGAAGUAUAUAAAACUUACUCAGGAAAAGAAAUUUUAUAGAGUGUUAAAGGCACUUUUGAAAUCGAAAAAAAGCUAUAAAUAAUAAUGAAUAUCUCUCAGUGCAAAAUUAAUGAAAUUUUAGCCUAAGAAAUUAAAAAAAAAAAAAAAGAAAAGGAUAUAAAAUUACUCAUCUCAAGCUCAAUUUCUUUUAAAAAAUGAUGAUACAAGAAGAAAAAAAAAUUAAUUAAGAAGAUUUUACGGAAAAAGAUUUUAAUAAAUAACAAUAUUAUUAUAGGGACAACAAUGCUGUUUGCACGAAUCUAUUAUUUAAAACUGUCUUUUCCUAUCGCUUCGGGUACGAAACCGUUUUAUACAUACUUCUAUAAAAUUCAAAUUAAAAAUGAAAACAACAAAAGAUAUAAUGUUAAUUUUACACAAUCUCAGAAAAAAAAUAAGAUAAAAAAAAUAUCAAUACUAUUAUGGUGACAUCAUCAUUUACUUACGUUAAUGCAAACAUACUUACCUAUGUAUGAUAUAUCUCGCACGCUGUUUGGCCCGUCACUGUCAAUUUUUCAAAGUGUAGUUACACACUAUCCCCUAUACAUAUAUACAUACACACAUAUAUUAUAUUUUAGAGGCAAUUUUGAUGUUUGUGAACUGUUUGAACCAUUCGGCAAAUUCGAUCGUUUGAAAUAUUCUUGAGGCCGUGAUGAUCUCUCUCCUAACUAACGAUUAAUUAUUGCGAAGCAUUUACGUAUUAACUAUACCUACUUUGUGAUAUAAAUCUUUGUAUCGAACGAUAGUGUUUGUCGAAUGGAUUUCUGGUAUACAUGAGAAAUACAAAACAAAAAGGAAAAAAGUGCUGUGAAUAGAAAGAAAUAAAAAAGAUGAAUAAGAAAAAGAAGGAACAGAAGAAAAAUAUAAAGACAAAAAGGUUAGGAAAAGGAACAAGUUACACAGAUGCACGAGUCGAUAAAAAAGAAAACAAAAUCAAGAUAAUCUUUCAUACCAUUGUUAGGCGAUAAAUUAACAAAUGUAUGAUAUAAACAUUUGAAUGUAGCGCCACAUAGUCAGCCAACCAAUCGCGUGGUAGGACUGCUGAGGCCACCUUGCGGCCUUCUUCCGCCAUUUCCGUCAGUUGUCCACAAGCUUUUCUGGCGUGCGGACGUACGUGAAUAUUCGGCGUGUUCUGUCACCUACGGAGUCGCGUUUUCGCUAACGAACGCCCCACCGUACCUUCCAUAUUCAAUGUGUAUGGCGAUUCAGUCAAGUUCACUUCAUCUGCCAUUAUAAAUUAAAGCGAGUGAAAGCGAUUUCAUAACGUGUUCACGUUGUUCACGCUCGCAUGUUGUUUCAAACGAUCGCUAUUCUACGGAAUGACGUCACGAAGGAAUGCAGAGCUCUGAUUGGUCGAGUGGCGACGAGGUGAAGCGUCACGGUCGAAGUGGUAGGGAAAGAGCGCGCGCGACGGGCAGUGAAAGAGGGGCGACUGCGUGAAGAGGGCAAAGCUGUCUCGGCGCUGUGCUAUUUUCAUCACCGCGCUACUGCUGGCCCAGAUUCGAUGCGACCGUCACAACGUGAACGUGAUAUUCGAUUUAUCCGUGAGUUCGGUGGGCCUUUCGGCUCUUACAUCGUCUACGACCGUCCGUAAAAUCUGAAAAGAAUUCGACUUCGACGUGCUGUUGACCACGCGCCAACUCAGUGUGCGCGCGCCAAUCUCGAAAUCUCGAGACGCGAGCCGAGUGGUUGUUAUACAUCGUGAAGUUGGUGGAAGUUCGUCGAACAUCGUUAACUCGUCCGUCUAUCCUUCUUCUUCUCUCUUCCCCUUCUUUCUCUCUCCUAUACGUGGACUCGUCGAGAGAGAGCGUGUUUUUAUGACCUGCUACAGAAUCUUCGCGAAGUGAAAUCGUGUAUAACACACAGUGUUCGCUACGCAGUGUGUGUAAGAUGUGACUUCACUGUGCGACGUGCAACUUCACGUCCCCAUUGUAAUAUCAUAUUUCGUCUUUUACUUGGUGUAUGCACCGGGGAACCAGGACUUGAAUACACCUGCUUACCGUGGCGAGAUUGGUUUGGAUCGUCAAAUGACCUCAAGUUUCCUGGUGAGUGCAUCCUCACAUACAUGGAGUUUCAGCUGGAUAGUGCAGAAUACUGCCAGGCUCAACACAAGUAGAGAGACACGCCCAAAUACCCUAGAAUUUGCUAGGUACUAUUAAAAAAGAAAUAAGGAAAAAACAUCUUAAUCA